CGUCAAAGCUGCUGUCCCUCACCCACAUUGCUGGACAACGAGCAGAGCACGACCUUGACACACCCAUAAUACCACAACAACAACAACAACAACAAAUAUAUAAACUUACACACACACACACGUUCCUUUUCGGAAGAAUCCUCUAUUGGUAGUCGCAACAUGUCGAGUGUCCACAUCCGUUUUAUUGCGGUCUUGCUUUGGUGGAGUUGUCUCGUCACCUUGAGCGAUGCCUUUCUGCUCUUCCCCAAGCCCAUUACCAAUCUAGUCGAUAUGGCCAAGUCCAUUCAGCAGCAAAAGUCUCUCGACGUCGUUCUGGACUUUUUCGGCGAUUCCUCCCAACGCGAUUCCUCCACCCCGCGUCUGUCUCUGCAAGGACUCCGGCUCAAGCUCGGUGACUCUCUCGUGCAGGCCCGCCGCAUCCGCAUGCCCGGAUUCCACGGACCGCACCCGUCGCUCUCCAGUGGCAUUCGGGAUUUGUCCAUUCAGGCGCGCGGAUUCUUUACCGACAUGCUGGGUCGGCAGGAAGUCGAUAUGCGGGACGGGGCCUGGGAACUCGUCUGGAAGGACGGAUCCGCCGCGGGGUCCCUCAUUUGUGGACUCGACGUGCCCGAUCGCGGCGUCUCCCGGAACGGAGUCGCCAUGCCUUCCGGGAGACUCUAUCUCACCUUUCCAGUCUUUACGCACGAAGGGUACGCCUCCCAGCAAGCCCGGAAGGAAGCCUCGGAAAAACGGGCCGACGAGUUUCUACAAGAACGCGACGACGCCCUCUGCGAAAUGCAGAGUACGGACAAUCUUUUGAAAAAGGCUCUGCUCUACCGAAAAGCUGCCGAAGCGGUGGAAAAGUACAGUUUGACCGGCAUCAAGCAACUGCGAAAGAUGGUGCCGAGUGGGGAUGAUCUCGUCGCGAUUCCCAACGGACUAUUACUCACGACCAAGGGCACCAUUUGGACCAAGGCGUUGUCGGGCCAAAAGCAGAUUCUCUUGGGAACGGCCAAGCUUUGCCAGCAGACCUUGAGCAAGCUGCCCGCCACGGCCACGUAGCUGCUGGUUAAGAUUGCACGCUGGUUCCUCGCUGGGUUGCCCUUGUAGAGACACACGCACCACACGUACAAAAAUUGGUUCCAGUCGCAUCGUUCUUUCCCCCAUUCAUUCCACGCCGUUGGAGCUCCGGAUACUUCCGAGACCCCUGUCUUUACCAAAAUAUAUACACACUGACCCAGUCACGCCAAUCACCGACUUGCAUCACAAACACCCUCACAAAGACACUAAAGGCUACUCAUUCAAGCCAUCAUUCCAGCUUACGUCUUUGAAAACGAGAUCAAGUGUAAAACGUCCAACAGUAAAUCAUGUUUUUUUAUCUUUCUA